CUUUGAAGGAAGUUAGGGUUAGAGGUGAGGAGGAUUUUGAAUGUGCAAAAAAAGGGGGUUUUGUUUUUUUUUUUUUUUUUAAAGGGAUCCUGACUUAUUCCUCCCCCCGACUUCGUGCAGAAUUUGAGAAAAUGUCGUCAGAAGGAACACAAAGUAUAGUAGGGAGUGAGGUGAUGCCCCUGGACUAUGGGAGCAUGGACUCAGAGAGUAGUCCAUCUCCAUCUAGUUUGGAGAAAACGGUGGAGGGGGUGAGAGGAGAUGAGGUGGUGGAGGUUGGGAGGCAAGAGGUGGUAGAGGUUGGGAGGAAUGAGGUGGUAGGGGUUGGGGUAGAUAGCAUACCCAUCACUGUAGUAGAAGUAGAGGGUAGAGGAGAGAGAGAUUAUGAUGUGAAUGCAGAGAUAGUGGAGGAGGUGAAGCAGUAUAGUUCUGAACUAAGGACCAAGGAUAGCCUUGGUCACUUAGUGGAAAAUUACGAGAUCUCUUCUCGAGUGCUAGUUAGGCCAGCUGGGGUAGAGGAGAGAGCGUGUUCUGCUCCUCGGGACCAUUGGAUGCCCAUAUAUUCCCACUAUCUGAUAGCGGGAUUAAGGUUUCCAAUUCCUGAGUUGCUAGUAGGUUUGUUGUUAGAUUAUAAUAUAGGGUUGACACAAUUAGUCCCCAAUGCUAUGAGGGGGGGUAGUAGGAGGGAUAAAUGGUGGUAUUAUUUCACCCCUAGGGUAGCCAGUAAGGAGAGUAGGGCAUUGUUCACUGCAGGUCCUUCGUCCAUUAAAGGAUGGAAGGAAAAAUUCUUUUUUGCAGAUGAUACAGAGUGGGGGAGGGGGGAUGCCGAGGUGAGGGAGUUAGCCUCGUGGAAGGCUAAAAGGGCCAACCAGAAUAGGUUUAGUUUGAAUGAGGAUGAGGAGGAAGAAGUGAGGAAGUUGGUGAGGAAGGGGGGGGAUUUACUAAAUAUUAUGGACCUCACCAACGCACAAUGCAUAGAAGCUGCUGAGCUCUAUGGGCCAAGCGCUUUAAGUGAAGCUGAAAUGGAUCAAUUUUUGAACACUGUUGGAGGAGUGGCUAUCCCCAAGAAGCCAAGGAAGAAGUCAACGACUUCAACCAAGCAAGUGGAUGAGGGGAGGGCUAGGAAGGAGGUAAUGCCCACGACUUCAGCUGAGACGGAGGAGGAGGUGCCACAGUUGAAGAGGAAGGGUUGGGGGGAGAGGAAGGCACUGCAGAAGAAGCAGAAAGUGGUGGAGGAGGAGGAGAGGGGGAAUGAGGUACCUCAGUUUGUACCUCAGCCUCCUCCUGUUGAGCUGAACCCUGAGCUCAGACAGUUGGAGGAGGGAGCUGAGGUACGAGCUCUUGGUAGGGGAAAGGGCCCUGUUCCGUUGGGACCUCAGAGUAGCCUGUUCGAGGUGAAGAACAUGACGGGGGCUAGGUGGUUCAUCAACAGCUCCUUCCCUGAAGUGGACAGACGCAACGUGCGUGAUGAAGCUCUGAGGUAUGGUGGAGCGUCUGUUGUGAAGCACGUUCUAGAGAGCGCGAGUUGGGUGAAUGGUCUAGCCCAGGAGUUCAUGGAGAGCCUGAGGGAGCGCUCACUCUUGCAGAGGCAGUGUGACCAGCUGCAGAAGGAGAAGGAGGAGUUGGAAAAGAAAAAUAAAGAACUGCAAGAGUUGCUGAACGAGGUGGUUCCCACUGUGAAACAGUUGGAGCAAGAGAGGACUUCCCUGAGCACCAAGCUCGUCUUUGAGGAGAGCAAACGUAGGAUCUCUGAAAGUGAGUGUGAGGCUCAGGCGCAAGAAAUAAAGUUGAUGAAGGAGGCUUUCGUGGAGCUAAAGGAGAAUGUGCAGACCCUGGUGCACAACGGAAUGAAGGAGCACAUCAGCAACUUCAUCAGCUCCAGCUCGUUUGACAACAUUGUCAACCUGUACCGGUUGCCCACUGCCAUCAUUGCUUUCACAAACUGCAGAAAGAAGGUGAAGGCUGUAUAUCCUGAAGUGGAUGUAACAAAGAUCACCUUCGGCGAGCAAGAAGGAGGAGUAGAGGAGGACGGCGAGAGCAUGUCAGCAGACUUCCGUCCUCAGAUCAAGCUGAGGUGGGAGCAUGAUGCAGAUGGUCUUGUUGUUUUCCCUCCACAAUUCGACUUUGAGUUCGUUGCAGUGGAGGAAGAAGAGGCAGAGGUAGAGGAAGACGAGAUGGAGGCAGGAGUGGAGGGAACUGAAGUGGAUAAGAGGCAACCAAUUCCAGAAGUGGAGGUUCAUCCAGUCCCUUCCGACGAUGAGCAGCCUCCUCUGCCAGACGAGCAGUAGCCAACACAGCCACCUCCUCCGAUUGAGCAGGAGCCAGUGGAGCCACCUCUCCCAGCAGAGAAAUAAUUUUAUUACUUGAUUUUUUGUAAAGACAUUUAAACAGUUUGUAAUACUGUUACUUCGUUAAAUGAAAUUAUAUAUUUGUUUAUGUUUGGUUUAUAUUUUUGUUAUUUUUUAUGAAUAAAAGAACUUAGAGUAC